UGUUGCCACUCUAAUAGGAUAAUGCAACAAAGUAAAGUAUAAUAUUUUUAGUACUUAGUGGUGGAAUCGGAUAUUGGAGACCAAGUGUAAGAGAUAGACACGUGAAUAAAUCAUGUGUACAAAUCAUGUGCGUUCGUGUAACCGUACGUAAUACCGAUUUAUCGCUGUAGCAAGUGAUCUCAGCAGAGAGAGAGAGAGAGAUUAACGGACAAGUUAUAAACAAAAUAUAAGAAAAAAGCGAGGAGUAAAUUAUAAGUAAUAGCUAAGAGCACGAGGCGGUUGCAAUGUGCGUGCUCGAGCGCCUAUUACACAUGCAUAGUCGCAGUUCUUUGUGAGCCUCGCUCAGUGCACGACAACGAGAUCACGACGUAAUUGAGCGCGGAAGCAAGCACACAUUCAAAGCCACUCCAGUGUGCAGCACGCAUUUUGUGUAUUGUCAGAGGUCGUCAACACGUGCAAUAUUAUGAAGAGCAUCAUUCGACGACGUUUGCGUCCGGCAGAGAUCUUCUUAACAGCUUUCGCAAUGCAUCUGCUGCAGCAGUGAAUAUAAGCUGCUGACGCGCCGAGUACAGGCGUGCGAGUGAACGCAAUAUACUUGCUGUAUGUAUAUUGUACAUUUGCAAUAUAUGGAGCAUGUAGAUGUUGAUUUUGAAUUUCGCAACUGAGCAAAUACAACAAAGACGAUAAAACAUGAUUACUGGCAACAGCGAGGAUGCUAACUACGGCAAAGCCGACGCGAAACACGAAAAUCGCAGAUCAGAUGGCGUUGAAUCGUCGACGAUCUCCGAUUGCGAAGAAGAGAGAUUGAUGCUACAUGAAAAUGACGCAAUGGCACAGACAGUGACAAUGAACUCUACUGUGCCAAAUCGGAGCUGGCCUUCUAUCCUGGUACACUUGCUGAUUUUGUUAUUCGGAAAUGCUGCUUGGAUCGGCAUUAACGGUAUCUUCAUUCAGUUACCGACCAUAUUGAAGACGGCCCCCGAGGGAAUGAAAUUAUCGGCUUAUUUGGCGGGAAUGGUUCAAGCUGCAAAUGUUGUGCCAAUACUUUACAGUUUGUUUAGAAGAUCGUUCGUUCAACUGAAGGAAUCAUUAUGUAUUUAUACGAUGCUUGUCGUUGGCUCUUUAGUUAUGGGUCUCACAGCAUUUUUAUACAAUAAGACAUCCAGCAUAGGACAAGAAAAUUACAGUAUAGCUUUAUUGGUAUUGACCUUUUUUGUAGCAUCUAUUGGCUGUACUAGUUCUGUUUUAUUCAUGCCAUACCUCAGAAACUUCAAAGAAGUAUAUCUGAUGUCGUACUUCAUCGGUGAGGGACUGAGUGGACUAUUGCCGAGUAUUGUGGCUCUUGUUCAAGGUAUAAAUGAAAAUUCAUCAAAUUGUAAUAAUUCAAGCAUCGAUUUAGUGCAAGAAACUUCCUCGCAAAGAUUUUCAACGCAAGCUUACUUUUUGUUUAUAUUUUCGUGCAUGUUAUUGUCAGUCAUUGCAUUUUUUCUUUUGGAGCAUCUGGACUCCAUAAAAAUAGAAAAAUUACCGACAAACGCUAGUUGUCGUGAUACAGAAAAUGUUCCUUCUGAAGAAUCUACAUCAGUAUUAGCAAAAAGCUCGACCUCUGAAGGAAAUUCUGUGCAUAAACAUGUUUAUGUAAAUGUGCUGCAAGAGACAAGCAAUGUAGAAAUCUCACAAAACGAAUGUGAACAAACUUUUGGUCAACUAUCUGUAAAAGAUAUAUUUUUGUAUGUACUUUUAGGUGGUAUUUGUAUGUUAGGACAUGGACUUUUACUUGGUAUUCAGCCAUACUCUUGUUCACCUUACGGCGAUAUAGUGUAUCAUUUGACCAUGAUUUUUUCUCAAAUCUCUAAUCCUACUGCCUGCCUUCUUACAAUGUGGUUUACUGUACGCAGCCGAAAAAUCAUUAAUUUUUUAGCGAUUGUUAUAUUAGCAUUAAGUUGUUAUGUGAGUUAUCUUGCAUUUUCAUCACCUCAUCCUCCAUUGCAACAAUCACUCAUUGGAAAAAUAUUAGUAAUUAUAUCUUGGAUAUUUCUGAUGGGAAUUAUUUCUUUUCUCAAGCUAACUAUAACAUCAGUAUUUAGGAAAAAGUCCGAGAAAUCACUUUUUCGUGUAGGAGUAGUUAUGCAGACUGGAUCUGCUUGUGGAGCAGUACUUUCUUUAAUCAUCAUCAAUGCUAACAUUUUACAAGAAUUUAAUCCAUGUAGUUCAAAUUAAGUCCGAGACAAACUUAUUUUUACAACAAAUAUAUCAUUUUAAUGUACAUCAGACUUUAUUGAAGUUGUACGGUAAAUAGUUGACCUUUGAAAAAAUUUCCUGUGGGAUUCCACGAGAUGUUUUUAACGGAAAUUUCUUGAAAGUUAUUAUUUUUUUUUAUAAAAAAAAUUGUUUUGAAGUUAUAAGCUAUUUUUCCUAUUUUUAAUUGUUCUUCAAACAAGUUUUAUCGAUUUUACAUUCCUUUAAUUAUCAUUGUGUUACUUGAUAAUUUUGCAAUAAUAUUUUUACCUAUUAAAAAAAAAGUAAAUUGCAGUGUUAAAGUAUACAAUUUACGAAUUUUACAUUGAUUUGCAGUGAAGUGGUAAUUUAAAUGGCUUGCAGGAAGUUUUUGAUUCUUUGUUCAACAGAUUUUUUUAUAUUGCACUCGUGUAAAAAUGCCUUAAAGUAGUCAAUGUAGUUCUGUUGUAUAAGUUGAAAAAAAAUUGCAAAUUCUAAUCGGAAAUGUAUACUUAAGGUCCCAUAUUAGGUACCAAGUUAAUCAUAUCUUAAGAAAAAAGAUAUAAAAAUUCAUGCGAUGAUCAUGUGUAAAUAAAUAAUUUUGUGAUAAAAUUUCAUUUUUCCUGCGUAAAAAAGUGUGAUUCUAGGUUUUUAUCGUCAAAAUUGUAGUUCGUUCUGUAGUUGAAUAUAAUACGUGCAAUAUUUAUAAAUUUGGCGGAGUUGAAUGAAAAGAACCUAAAAUUGAGUGACACUUGUAAAAAUGAUUCCACUGUAUAAUAGAAUAUUUACUACUGAUUGACAAUGUUAUUAAAAAGCAAAGAGUGUUUAUCUACAAAAAUGUUACAAUGAUUUUUAAAUAUAGAAUUUGUUAUACAAUAAAUAAAACACUACGAUUACA